AGUCCUGUUUUCACCUUAUAAAGAUGGCGGUGCGGGAUCGCUGCAACCUUUAGACUAAUGACUGUCCGAAACAUCGCCUCCAUCUGUAAUAUGGGCACCAAUGCCUCUGCUCUGGAAAAAGACAUUGGUCCAGAGCAGUUUCCAAUCAAUGAACACUACUUCGGAUUGGUCAAUUUCGGGAACACCUGCUACUGUAACUCCGUGCUUCAGGCCUUGUACUUCUGCCGGCCGUUCCGUGAGAAUGUGCUGGCUUACAAGGCCCAACAAAAAAAGAAGGAAAACUUGUUGACGUGCCUGGCAGACCUUUUCCACAGCAUUGCCACGCAGAAGAAGAAGGUUGGCGUGAUCCCACCAAAGAAGUUCAUUUCAAGGCUGAGAAAAGAGAAUGAUCUCUUUGAUAACUACAUGCAGCAGGAUGCUCAUGAAUUUUUAAAUUAUUUGCUAAACACUAUUGCGGACAUCCUGCAGGAAGAGAAGAAACAGGAGAAACAAAAUGGGAAAUUAAAAAAUGGCAACAUGAACGAACCUGCGGAGAAUAAUAAACCAGAACUCACCUGGGUCCAUGAGAUUUUUCAGGGAACGCUCACCAAUGAGACUCGAUGCUUGAACUGUGAAACUGUUAGUAGUAAAGAUGAAGAUUUUCUUGAUCUGUCUGUCGAUGUGGAACAGAAUACAUCUAUUACCCACUGCCUAAGGGACUUCAGCAACACAGAAACACUGUGUAGUGAACAGAAGUAUUAUUGUGAAACGUGCUGCAGCAAACAGGAGGCCCAGAAAAGGAUGAGAGUGAAAAAGCUGCCCAUGAUUUUGGCCCUGCACCUAAAGCGGUUCAAGUACAUGGAGCAGCUGCACAGGUACACCAAGCUCUCCUACCGGGUGGUCUUCCCGCUGGAGCUCCGGCUCUUCAACACCUCCAGCGACGCUGUGAACCUGGACCGCAUGUACGACCUGGUGGCAGUGGUGGUUCACUGUGGCAGUGGUCCCAAUCGUGGGCAUUAUAUUACUAUCGUGAAAAGUCACGGCUUCUGGCUUCUGUUUGAUGACGACAUUGUAGAGAAAAUAGAUGCCCAAGCUAUUGAAGAAUUCUAUGGCCUGACAUCAGAUAUAUCAAAAAAUUCAGAAUCUGGAUAUAUUUUAUUCUAUCAGUCAAGAGAAUAACUUAAAGAACUGUGGGACUAACUCAAGUGGGGGGAAGUGUUCAAAGCACUAUUACCUGGAUUCUCUGCAGACUUCCUCUUCCAGCAGCCCACCAAUGGUAUUAUUCCAAGUCUCAGUGGUCUGGCUGUGUUAGAUUCUCAUUCUCUCUCUCUCUCUCUCUCUCUCUCUCUCUCUCCACAUGCAGCACUAUUCGUGGUUUUAUUUUAGUCUGAGGUAGAGUUAACUGCAAUCAGAUUGUAGUAAGAUUUAUAUGAAUAACAGUUGCUAAUUUUAGGAUUGGGUAAAUGCGUGCCACUGGCUAUGUCUGAAUUAGAAUGACAUUUCCUAGAAUGUCUGCAGUCUAUUCUGGGUCUUUGUUAAACUUCUUAAAUGGUUUCCAGGGUCUCCUUUCAAUGCAUUCCUUUAACUGGUCCCUGGAAACAUUGCUACCCAUUUUUAGCUUCUUUGCCUCUUAUCUGACAGAAGGACAGAAGAGUCGGGUAGAUGUUCACCCUUAGGACUGCAACUAUAGCUUUAAGUUUGUGCAGGUGAAAUUGUUUAAAAGUGUGUUUAAAACCUCAGAUACUGAAAUCAUCCUCCCGGUGGAACAGGGUGAAGAGCUGUUCAUGGUGGCUAGCGUGUCCCCUAGGCUGUGCUCACCUAGCCUGUAGGAUUCCCCGGGGCAAAGAGGUAGGGCGCUCAGGGAAGGCAAAGCCAUGAGGAGGAAGCUUUCUUGGGGAGUGAAAAGUUACUUUUCUUAUCUUUCUACCAAAACCACGUUUCAGGAAAAUUAACUCCUUGCUGUCUGUUUUUAGUGACACUUUCUUCUGUAAGGUCCUGUGCGUUGUAUCUAUCUAUCCUCUAUCUGGCACUGCUAAGCUUUCCUGGGUAUCUGUCCAGACCUGGCGUUCCGCAGUGUGGUGGCAGGGCUGGGACCCCACGGGACUGCCCCCAGCACAGCUCGAGCCAGGAGUACCAGCACCGUUCUUCCCGGAGAACGAAGGCACCGCCCUGCACCCCACCAGCUGCCCGGACAGCUGUUCCCUUGGCAGCAGCCCAGCCUGUUCGCGGGGCACUGGCAAGUCCCAGGGCUAACGUGGAGCUUCCCGAGGGAAGACCGCGGUCAGCUGGGCGUGAAGGUGGGUCGGAGGAAGUGCAGCGGGCGGCGGAGGACCGAGCGAAACAGCGGGCACAGGGCGUUUCUUUGGCUCAGGCUCCUAGAAUGCUUGACAAGACGGAGUUUUUUGGAAGAACCUCAUCUCACUCUAGUUACCUUUUUUUCACUUUUGUUGUAUAUGUAUUUAUUAGAUCAUUGGAGUAUUGGUACCUUUUAUUAAAAGGGUCGAUGUGGUGUUUUGCCGUUGAGCUGGUUUCUGGUUUCCUACAAAUACUGAGUCAUAGACCUUCCUUCGGGAAGUCAGGUGACUUCCAUACACUAUGAUAUACUGUGAACACAUGACUUUGUUACCUAAUAAAUCAGCAAAUGAACAUGCAGACGUUUGGCAUAAUGUGAACUAAAGUUGAAUUUGAAAAUGUUAGUGGCCAUUUUGCAACAAUUAAGAGCAUAGCACUUUAUCUAGAUGAAAACUGGAUUUCUUAUCUUUGAACUAUCGUGAACUGUUUAUUGCUCAGAACUUAAAUAAGCAUGCCAACACUUCAUUUGUUCAUGCUUGAAGUGAAAUGUUUUACUUUUCACUGGAGAAGACAAAACAGGGUGAUCUUCACGUUAUUGUUUUAUACGAGUGACAAAGUAUACCUUGCCUUGUCUAGAGGCAAAUUCAUAUUUAUAAAUAUUUU